AUGAGCCAAACUAACCGUCAGUUAUCUUGGAGCAACAUGUGGCCAGGGGGGGAGAGAAUCACAACGGGCGACGGUGUGUGCGCUCCCAGCAUGGCGCUAAAAACUGAAGAAAGUCGCCUCUAUUUGACCAAAAACUCAACUGGAAACGGUGUCGGACAGCUGAUAGAAGCCAACAAUGCAGACGCAAACACUUACGGCUCCGGACACAUUAACGCGCUGGCCCGUGCCAUGGAAACACAGCGCUGUCACACUGCUGCUGCUGCUCAGGAGGAGCUGUUAAACGCUGACUGCCGAGUGGGCGACGGUCGAGCUUUUUCUGCCUGCGCCACAAUCUCGGAAACAGCCCGAGAGCUGUGCAAAGCCGUGUCCGUGUCUCUGGGACUGGCCACGGAGUCCGCUGACACGAGCGACAUGGACGCCGCGCUCACACCGUGCGUCUCAAGUGACCAAAUGCGAGGGGACUAUGUGUUUGGAGUCGGAACCGGAACCGGGUCACUGAACUGUCCCGCAGCUCAGGGUGCUGCCAACACCGAGUACAGGUGUUCCUCCGACCGGGACGGCCACAAGCAACUGGUGGAAAUGUUCAAAAGUUCCGAGACUGCUGCGCGUCUGCAACACCUUGCAUCCACUCGGACGUCCGCGGACGAGCACAACUUCCCGCCGUGCGAGGAGGCUGACGACAGAACUCCACAAGACAUAGAUCACCUGGACACAGCGCGUGCUGCCUCGUGCCCUUAUGCCCCGUCCGCGCCAGGCGACCUGGCACACUUUGGCCAGCCGGCUGCGGAGCGACCUCCAUGCAGAGGCUACAACAAGCCCGCCGAGGAAGCGAGAGACUUCGGGGAAGUCAUGGAGAACACGUUCGGCGGUUACCAGCCCGCAGAACAAUACAGCAGCGUCAAAGUGAAGUGCGAGGACGGUGAACCUGGCGGGGCGUUGUGGGGCAGUAACUACACGUUUAAUGACAAGUGCAACACUCAGUGCUGGGGCUCCAGGCAGUGCGUAAAUGCGCACAGCGCGGGCACCAACACGUUCAUAUGUAAUCCAUAUGAACGGAGCGUCAUGCGUCCUGAGCAGUGGUACCCGGGCGGGAUGCUGAGGCCGCCUUAUCCCAACUCCAACUACGUGAAGGCUGAAGUCGGAGAGUGGCUGGAUGUCGCCUACAAUGACAACAGGUUCGAGGCUGGCAGAGAGCACAUGUUCCCAAUGGAGUUCUUCUUUCCACCACAGAGGACGUGCCUGAUCUGUUCAGACGAAGCAUCUGGCUGCCAUUACGGUGCGCUCACCUGUGGCAGCUGCAAGGUUUUCUUCAAAAGAGCUGCAGAAGCAGGCAAACAGAAAUACCUGUGCGCAAGCAAAAACGACUGCACCAUUGAUAAGCUAAGAAGAAAGAACUGUCCGUCUUGUCGGCUGAAGAGGUGUUUCGAAGCUGGGAUGACUCUCGGAGCACGUAAACUGAAGAAGAUUGGACAACAGAAGAACCCUGAAGAGGAUCCUCCUUUUCAGGACCCUUCAGAGGUCAUCCAGAACUUCUCUCCUAAAUCAGGCCUGAACUUCAACUCCCAACUGGUCUUCCUCAACAUCCUGGAGUCCAUUGAACCCGAGGUGGUGAAUGCAGGCCACGACUACGGCGAGCCAGACUCAGCCGCCACGCUGCUCACCAGCCUCAACGAGUUGGGAGAGAGACAACUGGUCAAAGUGGUCAAAUGGGCAAAAGGAUUGCCAGGUUUUAGAAAUCUUCACGUGGACGACCAAAUGACUGUCAUUCAACAAUCAUGGAUGGGGGUAAUGGUGUUCGCCCUGGUAUGGAGGUCCUAUAAGAACGUCAACGGCAGGAUGCUUUACUUCGCCCCGGAUCUCGUGUUCAACGAACAUCGGAUGCACAUUUCCACCAUGUAUGAGCACUGCAUACGGAUGAGACAUCUUUCGCAGGAGUUCCUGCUGCUGCAGAUCACUCAGGAAGAGUUCCUCUGCAUGAAGGCCUUGCUCCUCUUCAGCAUUAUGCCAGUUGAGGGUUUGAAGAGUCAGAAGUACUUCGAUGAAUUGCGUCUCACCUACAUCAACGAACUCGACCGCCUCAUUAACUAUCGAAUGGCGACCAGCUGUCCUCAGAGGUUCUACCAGCUCACCCGACUCCUGGACUCUCUCCAGAUGACGGUAAAGAAGCUCCAUCAGUUUACAUUUGACCUUUUUGUCCAGGCUCAGUCGCUCCCCACGAAGGUCAGCUUCCCAGAGAUGAUUGGAGAAAUAAUCUCAGUACAUGUACCGAAGAUCCUGGCAGGUUUGGCUAAACCCAUCUUGUUUCACGAGUAGAAGGAUUUUUUUUAUUUAUCAGAAAGUGACUCAUCUGUCCUGUAAUCAUUAUUUUGUUGCUCAAGUUUUUUUUUGUUCCUUUUAGCCAUAAUUGAGAUUGUUUGUUCAGAACUGUUAAAGCUUUUAUCUGAAGCGUUGCAAGGCGUCACCUGUUGACAGCUCUGCUAUUUCUGAGUGGACAGUUUGUGUUUUCAGCCGGAGCAGAGAUGCUACUUUACAUACGCAGUAAGUCUGUAAAUCAUGAUUACAGCAGCCUAAAAGUAGCAGGGUUAAAAACAUUUUUUGCAAGUUUUGCAUGUGACCUUCAUUAUACAUAAACUUGACAAAGUAUUCAUAAAUACAAAAAAACAGACAGCCCAAAGAGCAGAUGAGAAUUGGAUUACAGAAAUAAACAAAUACUUGUUUCCCA